CAACUUCUCAUCUCUUCUUCCUCCAUGGUAGUAGAGUAAUAUAAUACAUAUUUUUAACAAUUUCGCUUUCUGAUCUUAUGUCUGUCCACACAGCUAACCCAAAUUCCCAAAGAUUUCGACUUUACAAUUAAAAAACAGUUUCGUUUAGUGUAACCUUUAUCUUACCUUCACUUCUCAACCCUUCUUCUUCUUCUUCUCCCAUAUUUAGAAACCCAUUGUUUUUUUUAAUAAGUUUUUUUCUUGUUAGUCGUAUUUUCUAUCCAAUUAGCAAUAAACCAUCCCUAAACUCAAAUAUCUCAACUUUACAAGAGAAAGAGAUUUUUUUUUGUGUGUGGAAACCAUAAAUGUUUUUGAAGUCAUGGAUGUAAUAGCUACUACAACUACUACAGUAUCCGACUUCGAUUCGCGAAAACCCGAAAUCGAAGCUCCGACCCGGAUCCAGCCGGCGAAGCCUAUUUCAUUCUCAAACGGCAAACGCUGCCACCACUACCAUCAUCAUCUCGCGUCUGAAGCGGUUGCGGUUGCUACUUACAAAGAAUGCCUAAAGAACCACGCCGCCGGAAUCGGCGGUCACGCUUUAGACGGUUGCGGCGAGUUUAUGCCGUCUCUGUCGUUUAACUCGAACGACCCCGCUUCACUAACAUGCGCCGCCUGCGGUUGCCACCGUAACUUCCACCGCCGUGAAGAAGAUCCAUCCUCUGUUUCCGCCAUCGUCCCGGCGAUCGAGUUCCGUCCUCAUAACCGUCACCAGCUUCCUCCGCCGCCGCCUCCGUCGCUGGGGAUUCGUAGCCCAGACGAGGACGAUUCUGCUUCUCCGCCGCCGAUCUCGUCUUCUUACAUGCUCCUCGCGCUCUCGGGAGGAGCCACGGCGGUUCCGAUGUCGAGGAAACGGUUUAGGACGAAGUUUAGUCAGUUUCAGAAGGAGAAGAUGUUCGAGUUCUCGGAGAGAGUUGGGUGGAGGAUGCCGAAAGCCGAUGACGUGGCGGUUAGGGAGUUUUGUCGGGAGAUCGGAGUUGAGAGAAGCGUUUUCAAAGUGUGGAUGCAUAACAACAAGAUCUCUGGACGCGGUGGAGCUAGAAGAGCUAACGGCGGAGUAGGAGGAGGAGGAGACGGUGGUGAGAGUGUUCCGACGAAUGUGUCGUUUUCUUCGACGUUGUGAAGAGAAUUUAUGAAAUUGACGUUAAACCGUGUCGUUUUGACGCUAAUUCUCUUUCUUUUUUCUUUUUUUCUUCUUGUGUUCUACGAUUUUUUAUUUUUAGUCAACGGGUCAAAUCUUUUCUAUUCUGUUUAAGAUGUCUUUUGCUUUUUUAACUAGUUGUUUAUCUUUGGUUAGAGAGGUGAUUUGAGGUGUAGUACGAGAAAGAUAAGAACUAACCCCUCCAAAUUUUAAUAACAAAGUGAAAUCCGUGAAA